CGAAGCCAUAAUUUUUUUUCCCUCCUGCUUGGAAGGCGCAACUCUACUAACUUCUUAUUCUUAAUUCAUUCAUUUUCUUCUUCGUCACUAGAAAUCUGAGUAGGGGCGGUGUUGGAGGUGGUCGUGGAUUUUUUUCUUCCUCCAAAAUUCUCACCGGUUCCUCUUCUUCAUCAUCUUAUCUACUUUUUGAGGAUUAUGUGUUGGAAAAGCAUGGGCCGCAAAGCUGGUGGGUUGUACAUAAAUCCGAGAAAAUUUGGGACUCUUUCGAAACCUUGCAUGAAAGAGAUGAUGGCGCUUCUAAAUUGCUUGGCCACUAGUGGGAACAAUGAUGAUAAGUGUGUUAAGCAUAAGGACCUCUUGCGUACUUGCACGGAUACGCAGGCUGGUGUAGGCCGAAAGCCAUGGGGAAGCAUCAAUUACCACUUGCAUAGGCUUAGCAGAGCAAAGAAAUGACUGCAGAUUUCCAGUUAAAAUGGGGUUUGAGAUUUUCCAUAUAAAUGUGUGAAGAUUUUAUUCUUCAACUAGAUUUUGUAUAUUGGUUUUCUGUUGUCCAUUUUGUCGGUGUUUUGAACCAGUGCAUAGAAUAUUUUUGCGGUUGUAGGGAGGUUUAAAUGGGUUUUCUUUGUCGCCUUGGCCCUUGUAUUACCAUUGCCAACAGCUUAUUUAGUUUUACCUUCGUGAUAAGAGCAACAUUUGAAACAGAUAUUACUUGAGAAGUAUGCAAUGUAAUCAUUAAGGCAACUUUUUUUU